AUGGCACUGUUUGAGGAUCUCUACGGGCGAAAGUGCCGAUCUCUUAUACAUUGGAGUGACGUGGGCGAACAGACGAUGUUGGGUCCCGAUGUCUUGUGGGGAGCGGAGGAGAAAGUUCACCUCGCUCGUCGACGGUUGUUGACGGAGCAAUCAAGGCAGAAAAGCUAUGCGAAUAAGCGCCGGCGAGAUUUGGAGUUCGCGGUUGAAGACCGCGUCUUCUUAAAGUAUAUCCAUGACCCCGAGCAUGCUCUGUUGUAUGAGCCACCGGAACUUCAAGAAGACAUGAGCUAUAAGGAGUUCCCGGUAGCUGUUAUCGCUCGAGAGGUGCGAAAAUUGAGAAACCGCGAGAUUCCUUACGUCAAAGUUCUGUGGAGCAAUCAUGACGAUCGCGAAGCCACACGGGAACUUGAGGAUGUGAUGAAGGAGCAUCAUCCUCAUCUCUUCGAGGAGUUGAGUUGA